UAUUCUACAUAGUGCUUAUGGUCGACCAUAACUAACCGUCAUAGCUAACAGAAUUUAUGACCGUCAGUAUAAUGACCGUCAGAAGUCUUCUUCUUCUUCUUCUUGUCGUCGGCCAUAGCGCAGUAAAUCAACAACACCGUGAGCCGCUAGAACGCACGGCUCACAAUUUGUUAACUCUAAAUUUAUGGAAUAUAAUAUAUUAUUGACAUCAUUUUCUUUGAUUUAAAUUAUUUUGACUUCAUAUUACGACUUUUGGGGAAGCUAGAAAUAGGAAAAUAGAAAUUCGUUAUGAGAAAAUGCGCUGAAACGUAUUCCCGUUGAAAAGUGUGUAAACAAAUGUACCGCCCUCUCAGCUGUUCGGUAGUGUUUACUCACGGCAUGGAUCCUCAACCUAAACGUCAACGGAAGGCUAACUGGGGAGACGACGAGUCUCUCCAGCUGGCAGUGUUAUACAGGGACGAAGUCCACGUAUUGAAGAGGAACUUCAAGACGGUUGGUGUUUCCAACCAAAAGAAACACGAUGUCUGGACAAAGAUUACGGCCGACCUGAAUGGACAGUUCCACCAUGAGAGGACGGCCGUUGAGGUAAAGAAGCGAUGGUUCACCAUCACUUCUAAGUCAAGGAUGAAGCUGAAGAACUUUCGAGAUCAUCGGAAUGGAACUGGUGGCGGCCCUCCACCCCCUCCCCUUGACCCCAUUGAUGAGCUUGUAGGGGACAUUCUGGGGCAAGACAGCAAGGUCAUCAUGGGAUUUGAGGAGAUUGAUGACCUUGGACAUCAAAGGACUGUCGACAUUGAAGAUGCAGCAGAGCCAGCGAGCCAGCUCAUUGUAGGUCAGGGAGGUGCUGAGGCACCAACAGUAAUAAUUGUGCCUGAGCCCACCCUGCAGCCACAGACUGAGGGGGGUGCCCGGGGGAAGGUGCCAACUGAGGAUGAUGCAGCAGCUGCUCAAGCAAAGGUGGCAGCUGCUGAGGAGGAGGCUGUAGCUUCAAGAGCUACAGCAGCAGCUGCACAGGCUGGGGAGGAGGCUGCACGGGCCAUGAAGGCAGCCGCAGAGGAGGUGGCGGCUUGUGCUCGGGCCUUCACAGGAGCUGCAAGGGCGCAGGAGGCAGCUGCAAGGGCGCAGGAGGCAGCUGAAAGGGCACGGGAGGCAGCUGCCACAGAAAAAGCGGAAGCCAUGCGUCUUAAACAAAUUUUGCUGAAGUUACAAAUUGAAAAGGAAAGGAAAAACAAAUAAUAUACCUAAUAAAAGUAGACAAGGAUGCACAUAGUUCUAUGAUUGUGAAACCUUAGUUGUACUAAUUUAAUUAUGCUUAUGCAGGAAUGAUACAGUGUACAAAUGCACUGGAAAAAGAGAUUAAAAU